AUGAAACCAAAUUUAGGACCCUCUGCUUUGACAAAGUUUCAGCAGCUGCGAGUUGCCGGUGUCUCAUAUGGCUGCCUUGCCAUUGCUGUUCCACCUCAAGCACCGACGUCCGCAACCGACUCGCCACCACAACUCCGCGUUGCUGUCAAGGAUUGUAAAGGCAUGAAGACAUCCAUUUGCAACCGUGCCUACUACGAGAUGAGCUAUCCGGCGCCUUUUACAGCCCAAGUAGUUCAGGCGCUCGUAAAGGACGGGGCUCAUGUCUUGGGUUUGACCAAGCUAAGCUCGAUGGUGGCUCGAGAGGAACCCAUGGACGCUGUCGACUGCCCAACAGCCUUCAACCCUCACGGAGACGGGUAUCAGUCUCCUGCGGGUAGUAGCAGCGGAAGUGCUGCUGCCCUGGCGGCCUACGACUGGCUUGACUGCGCUCUUGGUACUGACACCAGCGGAAGCGGCCGUCGACCAGCAAUGGCGAAUGGUGUUUGGCAAUUCCGGCCCUUUCACGAUUCCAUUUCAUUGAGUGGUCUUUGCAAGACGUAUGCCAAAUUCGACACACACUCUGUUUUUGCUAGAAGCCUCGACAUCCUGGAACGCGUCAUUACAACUUGGAUACCACCUCCUCCCAUAGCGCUAUCUAAGUCACAAAGCAGAUCAUAUCGUCUCAUCUAUUCGGAGGACUACAUGUCAGAGGCAAACACAGACCAGAUGAAAUUAAUUGACGCUUUUAUCAAGGACGCAGAGGAUAUGCUUCCAGCCACUGUUACCCAAUUCUCUAUCCGAGAUUCUUGGAAGCAGUCACAUCCUCCCGAUACUUGUGACGAUAUUGAAGAGUAUCUGGAUGAUGUUACACGUAAAACAUACUAUAACGAAUUCUAUCACUCCACGGACGACUUUAGAAAGUUGUACUCCGGCAAACACCAAGGUCGGCCGCCAUACGUGAUUCCUUUCGUUCAACGCAGGUGGGCUCAAGGCGCUACGAUGUCCACUGGCCAACACGAGGAGGGUACACGACGGCUACUUGUGUACCAGACAUGGUUGCAUGAGCAGCUAUUUGGAGACAAAAACGUUGAGACGUUCAUGCUACUUCCUGUCGCCAACACCAAGCCUGUCUAUCGUGAUGAGGUGUUGCCCUCCCCCGAGAAGCAAUCCGCCUUGGAUCAACUCUUUAUUCCACCAAUCCUGGGCGCCUCCGAUAUUGUUAUCCCCAAUGGAGAAAUACCUUACCACUCAAAGAUAAGUCACCAGACCGAGUUUCCUCCCGUGUUUGCGAAUCUUGUUGGCGCGCCAAAGCGGGACUUUGAACUUUUGCGGGCCGUCGAAAUCGUCUUAGGCAAGUCAGGACGUGCCAACGUAGUUGCAACUGGUCCAAGAAUAUUUUCGUAA